UGCUUCGGCUAUACCUUCUAUAGAAUAGAUACAAUCCAUCAUUAAUUGCACGGAAAUCUGACCCGGCUUCUGUUCUAUCGCCAUCGCCCUACAACCCCGACCAAUUGAUUCAUUUGGGCCACUGUUAUGAUAUCAGGCUGCCAUCACUAACCUUCUAUUAAUUCACUCCAGCCUGCUCCAUGUCUACACCACAGUGCGCGGACUUGGAAGAAAUGAGAGGCCAUGUUGCGAACAACUAUUAUGGCAACUGAAGAUACUGUUCUCCUGUUUGAUGCAGGGGCCGGAACGGCACAAGGAGAGCGCAAUUCGCAAGAAGAUCGCUAUGUGGUGAUCUUGCCGGAUGAAUUCCCACCGUCGCAGACCACAGAUAAAUUCGCUUUACUUGCGACAUAUGAUGGGCAUGGCUCUUCCAUGGUCUCAGAACACGUCCGUCAGAACCUCGCGCAUCUCCUCGUCAGCCGACCAGAGUUCAGUCAGGGCGACUACGAAACCGCAAUUUGUAGGGCUUUUGAAGACGAAGACAGCCUUUUAUUCGGACUCUCCAUGGCGGAAGAUAUAGAGCCCGUGAUAUCCGGCACGACAGUUGCGUUGUGUCUGGUCAAUUUGACCAAAGGGCUGGUGGUGGUUGGAAACGUGGGUGAUUCGCAUAUUCUGCUUGCGGAGCGGGAUCCGUUGACCGAAGCUAUUGUGUGGCAGGACCGCUUAACAAAGGCACACAAACCUAACACGCCAGCGGAAAGGAAUCGAAUUGAACGUGCAGGUGGUGCUGUACGCGUAAUCUCGGGGACUGCCAGACUUGGGUCCUUAAACAUGUCUCGAGCCCUCGGCGACCUACAGUACAAAAACCCCAUCAACACGCUCGAUAUCGACGCCACAUCCAAAAGCAGACGAGUCAGCACCGCUAUACCACAGAGACGUGGUGACUUCCUGUCUAAUAAACCGCACGUUCGGACCGUGAAACUUGACAAGAAUAGUCGAUAUGCACUGCUCUGUUCUACGGAUGGAGUAUCAGAUACGACUGAUGAUAAGAUAUUAAUGGAGGAAGUCGUGGCUGCAUUGACCAAGGGGCAGAGAGCUUCGGAUAUUGCAAAGAGCGUGACCUCCAUGGCGGCUGGGAUGCCGGGAAGUGAUAACUGUACGUGUGUUGUUGCGUUCUUUGAUGGGAUUCAAUCAUAAAUAUCUGUUAUUACGGAUUAGAAAUGUAAGCAUUACAGAUUAGAAAUGUAAGCAUUACAUUUGCUGGUAGC